AUGUCGUCCCGCAGCUCCAGCUCUUCCCCAGACGUCUUGGGACCCCCCGGCGACGUCGACUACCUGAUCUCGUCACCGAUCAAGCCGUUUGUCGGGCGCCAGAGCUGGCUAUCGCCCGCCAACUUCAAGUGGCUCCAGACACCGCGGAAGAGGUCGCGCAUCAGCCUCAGCCCCGCCCGAAGCACCCACUCCGUGCAGUUCAAUCAUAUCGUGCUCCCUGCCUCGCCGACGGCUAAGAUAAACGGCCGCCAGCGAUCGAUCUCCCCGGCGAAGGGGCUACCGGACGGCAACGGGAGCCCGUGGAGGAUCCGAGUGACGCUGGAGGCGAGCCAGGACGCGGACGAGAUGGAGACCGGAAGCCCGUCGCGGAAGCGCAUCAAGCCCUCGGCGAUGACGUUCAAGGUGCCGUUGAAGGGGGGGCAGGAGGAGGAGGACUCGACACAGACACCCAGGAGACCGAGGGGUCGUCCCCGCAAGUCUCUUCUCGCUCGGCCGGCCGACGCGACACCAGUCGCUGCAAGCCCCGGACAUACACCGGGUCCUAAUGGGGUGACUGGGGAGAAGAGGAAAAGAGGGAGGCCGAGAAAAAGUCUCCCGGCGCCAGAGCCGGAGUUGGAACAGGAGCAAGAACAGCACGUUGUCGAGGAGGAACCGUCGAACCAACCUCCGGAGCAGGAAGAGGAACAAAGUUGGAGUCCGAUUAAUUUGGCUGCAGAUGGGGAUUCUGACGAUGGGUUUCUUGAUGAUGCACCGGUGGAGGAGGUCCUCGAACCGGUCGACGACGAUGUACAAAUGGACACCCCUGGCUUCGAUAGAACUCUGCUACAGGACGCUGAGUUACCCGAACACCCUACACCGAUUGUCAAUGCUACGGAGGAUGAUGAUGACGACGACGUUGAGUUACACUCUACACCAUCCAAGAGACCCUCGCCGACUCAUUCAAGACGUACCGUCGAUCUUUCCCCUGAACAUUCCUUACUCCAUGCAGGGCAUACACCCCGUACCCGACGAAUAUACCCCACUCCUACAUCUUCGUCUCUGCUGGAGGAGGAGAAAAUAUACCAGCAGAAGGACUACCAAGAAACAACACUUCAGCACAGUGCUCUACGAAGCGUGCCUCGUUCUGUGCAUGACCCGACAGAAGAGCACAGAGAGUUUGACUCAAUCAUGGAAAGCGAGGGAUUCAGUAUGGUUUCUCUGGAUACACUACCAUCCGCUCAACAACAUGGUUUGGGAUCUAGUCGGCUGGGAUCUAGUCAGAGGAUGCUCAAAGGAGCUCUCCAGCCUUUCUUCGAGCGACAAGACGGGAACUCUCUGGAAAGUUUGAAACGCAAGUCUUCUGCUAUCAACCACCCAUCACCACCGACAAUUGAGAAACCGCAACACUUACCUCACCCAGACUGGUCAUCGGGAGAUCAAACCUCUCCCUUUAUUUACAAGUCCUUGAAAAGUUCAGACGCUUCCAGGGCCUCGCCAUUAGUCUCUGCGUCUGUCCCAAAACCCUCUCCUGUCAAACGGCAAAAUCCGCUCAAAAGACUUGCCAAGGUCCUCCGCGUGGGCAUUGCUCUCCAAAACACUCUUAGGCCCCGACAUGAAGCCUCGGUCAUUCAUAACUCGAUGCCGAGUCCAGGUGCAUCGGACACCGAGGACCAUGAGGACGAGAUUGCAAAUUCACGUAGACGCCUUGAGCGGGACCUUGAUGAGCUCGAGCCCGAGUCGCAAAAGAUUUUACGAGCUGGCUUGAGAUUAGCUGAAGUGCUCGCAAAGAGGCGGGAACAAGCUGAGACAGAGUCUCUCCGACAGAAAGCCACGGCUGAAGCUGGCUUCAAGGAAGCAAGCCCAGCUAGUGCGCACCAAACCAGUCCGGACAAUCGCACGCCGGUUCAGCCUCGCAAUCGGAGUACCGGAUCUUUGGCUUCUGAGAUGAAACGACGGGAGGCCGAGUGGCAGCUAGAAAGGGAGGCCGUCAGCCGACAGAUUGACAUGGCGAAUUCUAGCCAAGUAAUUCGCAUUGACAGCGAAGGAACUGAUGCACAGGAUCCCCAGGACAAUGGCGACAUUAACGACUCGGAACAAGAGCUUGAAAACCAAGCUCUUCAAGAGUCGGAACUGUACACAGAGUCGGAGUCGGUAUCCGAUCAAGAAGCAGAAGAGCACGAGCACGGUCUAAACCAAGAGCAGGAUCUCGUACAGGAUUUAGACCAGAGAUUCGAGUCAUCGUCAGAAGGAGAACCAGAUCUUGAAUUAGACGAUGUCCAGGUUCCCGAAUCUGCCGACGAGCCAGGUGACUAUGAGGACAUUUGGCAGCAAGAGGCCAAAGAUUCAAGCUACCUCACUCAUCGCUCUUCAACUAUGCAUCCUCCUGACGAUGAAAUAAGACAGCAAGCGUUUUCUAGGCAAAAGUCGACUCCGUGGAACAAGCGUGGACGUGCGAUUCUGGAUGACCAAACAAGCAGUCAUCUAUCGCCAGCCCAAUGGAUCACUAGCCAGGGUGGCAUGCCGCUUUUAGGAUCAUCACGAGUGAAAAGGAUACGAGAGCAAGAAGUUGAUCUUCAAGCCUUACUACGUGCUCGCGCCACUCCGCAACGCGUCCGCUAUUUCCAUCUAAAAGGAGGAGCGCAGGAGCCGGAGCCAGAGCUGGAGCCAGAGCCGGAGCCCAAAUCAGAGCCUGAACCCGAGUCAGAGCCUGAGCCCGAGUCAGAGCUGGAGUCAGAGCCAGAAUUACCCCCAAGAGAUCGUCUGAAUUCAACGACAGACAGACGGGACAGUGUUGAGGUCGCCCAUGAACAGGAUGAACCAACUCCUUCUGACCACGAAUCGGUUUCGGCCAGCCUUCAAGAAGCUAAUGUGCCUAGCCAUAAUGACCAUUUUGAGCUUGAAAGCGUUUCGACUAGGGAUGAUGUAUCUGUCCAACAGACGCCCAACGCCACGACUCCAGCUCCCUCUAGACCGCCUGCUACUACGGAUAUACAGGCAUCAUCCUGGUUCCAGAGAAUCACCAGUCUCACUCCUGGAUGGUUGAAAGCACCUGGUGGCAAAUCAGCGAACAAGUUUGAAUCCCCAAUGAGCGAAGUGAGUGAAGUCGAUCCCGAGUUCGAACAGAGUUUGUCCAAUGUUCGACGGUCUUUGCAAUUGGACAAUGAUUCAGACGAGGAAGACGACGUCCAGAACCACGCAGACCACAGCUCGCUUGCUUCCGAGGACUUUGAACCAAUGGACGAAAACGCUUCUCCAACCCUGCAGGCCCAACGCAGCACAUUGCUUGCCCCCAAGCCGCUAGCCAUCUCUGGAUAUUUCACUGACGAGCAUUACUACACACUGCGUCGGCUUUACCGCCUUGCAAAACAAUCGCCUGAACUUUUUGCCUACUAUCCUGCUCCCGGCCGUGACGAAAUGCUCGGGGACUGGAUCUGGACUUCCGAUGGGACCCACGGUGUACCUGUGACCGAAGGCCAAUUCGCCAUCAUCGACCGAUUUAUCCAGGAACUCGUUGAGGCAGACGUGCAGUCUGGCGGGUCCGGCCAGGUUGGUUGGACUGACGCCGACCUGCACAAACGCUUGAUUAGCGUCAUCAUAGGCGAACAGAUUAGAGCGGAGCGGAGCGCAAAAGCUCGCGAAGAAGAAUCCCGGCGCAGCAGGGAAACUUCCUUGGGAACGUGGCAACGAUGA